AUGGAGCAAGAACUACUAUCACUCCUGGCAGACACUCAGUCUGCCAGAGCCGAUACAAGAAAGGCCGCCGAGCUUCAGCUACUCGGCCUGUAUUCAAACGAAUCUUUCCCCAUCUCCCUCACAGCCAUUGCCUCUCACGAGUCAGUUCCCGUCAAUCUCCGCCAAUCCUCCUUGUCCGUGCUACGCACCUUCAUCGCCGCCUCCUGGUCCCCGAACCUCGACGAAUUCAAGGGCCAGAUCCUCGUUACCGAUGCGAACAAAGCCCAGAUCCGACGGGCGCUGCUUGAUCUAGCCACAAUUACCGAAACCUCCGAGCGCAAAGUCAAGGCUUCUGCCAGUUACGCCGUUAGCAAGAUUGCCAGUGCCGAUUUCCCCGACGACUGGCCAGAAUUGCUGCCCUCGUUGCUGCACAUCAUCAACGAUCCCGCCACAACGGAUGGUGCGCUUCACGGUGCUUUGAAGGUCCUGCUGGAUUUGGUGGAUACUGGCUUCGGCGAAGAACAAUUUUUCAAUGUUGCUCGCGAUCUGGUUUCAUCUCUGUUUUCUGUCGCCACUUCCGAAGCCCGGCGACCAAUGCUUCGGGCACUUUCAGUCGCGGUCUUCCGGUCUUGUUUUGAUACCUUGGAGAUGGUGUUGGAGCAGCACAAGGUUGCAAUCAAGCAAUUCGUGGAUGAGUUGCUGAGUGCUUGGUCGCCAUUCUUUGUUGAGACCCUGAAGAUGUCCCUUCCCCAGCAACCCGAUGAAGAAGAGGCCAACAAGGGAAGUGAGGUCGCCUCUCAUUGGCGUGGAGUUAUCGGUCUUAAACUUCAGAUCAUUAAGACUCUGCUGAAGAUUCGUAUGGUGUUCCCCGGUCUUUUAACACCACAGAGUCCAAAUUACUUCUCAACGGUCUGGGCCGAGCUUACCAAUGCCUUGCCGGUCUACCAGAAUUUCUUCAUUGAAGGUGAACGCCAAGGUCGCCUGGAAGAUGUUGAUGGCCUCCCAUACUCACUUGAUUUCCUUAUCUUGGAGGAAUUGGAUCUUAUCCAGACCUUAUUGAAGGCCCCUCCUGUCAAGGCAGAGCUGCAACAACAACUUCAGAAUGCCGGUGCUGGAGCUAGCUCGUCUGGCUGGUUGCCCGAGAUCAUGAAGCUGGCCAGCUCUUAUGCCCAGAUCACAUCCGAAGAGGAAGGCCUCUGGGAGAUUGAUGUGAAUCUGUUCUUGUCUGAGGAAACAUCCCUGACUGCCAACUACACCCCCCGCACUUGCAGUGGUGAUCUGGCAAUCAAGACGGGUGAAUGGCUAAAGGGAGCAGCGGUAGAGGGUCUUCUGAGCUAUAUGAACACUCUCUUUGCGGAUUCUUCAGCCUCUUGGAAAUCACGCGAAGCCGCCCUUUACAUUCUCAACUGUAUUCUUCGUGAUUUCUCCGAGGUGUCUCAGCAAAUCUCCCCGGAAUUGUCCCUCAGUUUCAAUCAAUUUGUGCACUAUGCAAUUCAACAGGAGGAAGAACUUUUGCGUGCACGAGGUUACCUUGUGGCCGGUGCUUUGGCCAAGGCUUCGGGCGAUGCAUUCCAACAAACUACUGCCUCUUACUUAGAAGCUACACUAAAGGCCAUUGCCGAAGACCCCGCAGAGGUGGUCAAGGUUUCAGGCAUUCGUGUACUCCAGGACCUUAUGCCAUCGCUACCCGCCUCCGCGGCCCGUCCAUUCCAGGGACUUAUUGUCUCGGCCAUUUCGGAGUUUGUUUCAGCACACGAUUUGCGCGAAGAUGACGAGAGCGAAGAUCUCAAAGUCACCCUAGCCGAAACCCUGCGAGACACCAUUAUGACGGACCCGACUAUCGUUUUGUCGUCGAUCGCCAUCGACGUCCUGUUUAACAUUGCCAGCAGCGGAGCUGAAAACUUCCAGCUGACUAUGACCGUUACGGAAGCUUUUGAGGAUAUCGCAGACCAAAUUUCCGAGCAUGGCCCUGAGGCUUACAUGCGCCUCUGCGAGAAGGUGCUGCCUUCACUGAUGGGUGCUAUUGACGUGGGUAAUCUCACCUCGGAAAACGCCUUGACCACCUUCGCAGCCGACCUCCUUCGGGUUUUGGCCGAACGGAGCUUGGAGCCUCUUCCUGCUGGCUUUGUGGAUACUGUGAUGCCUAAGCUUAACCGCCUGCUCCUGGAAUCUGAUGAGGCUGAGCUUAUCCGACCUGCGACCGAGGCUGUCCGACACUUGCUUGCCCAUGGCUUUGAUCAGUUCAUCGUCUGGCGGGAUCCCCAAUCUGGCAAAGAGGCGAUCGAGGUUGUGCUUGUGAUUAUUGAUCGACUAUUGGGACCGGCUGUCGAUGACAAUGCCGCCACUGAAGUUGGUCAGCUUGCCGCCGAGCUGGUAGAGCGGGCUGGCCCGGAGCGUUUGGGUCCUUAUCUACCCCAGCUACUCCAGGCCGUAGCCCAGCGACUUGCGACCGCUCAGCAGGCCCAAUUCAUCCAAAGUCUCAUUCUGGUGUUUGCGCGACUGACCCUCAUCAGCGCCCGUGAGGUCGUUGACUUCCUCUCCCAGAUCAACCUGGGAGGCUCCAGUGGCCUCCUCGUGGUUCUGAGCAAGUGGCUGGAGAACUCGGUGAAUUUCGCGGGCUAUGACGAAAUCAAGCAAAACAUCUUCGCGCUCGCGCAUCUGUACGAGCUCUCCGACCCUCGACUGGCUGAGGUGCCAGUGAAGGGCGACCUGAUUAUCCAGAAUACCGGUCGGAUCAUGACCCGAUCACAGGCACGUAACAACCCGGACCGAUACACAACGGUGUCGGCGCCCUUGAAAAUCAUCAAGGUACUCGUGGAGGAGCUGGCAGCGGCAUCGGGCAACAAGGAGAUUGACGCGGCUGCGGCUCGUGCGCUUGACGAUGCCGACAGUGAUUACGGUGAUGAUGAUUGGGAAGAUGACCCCAGCCAAACUUUGGAUCUUGGAUUAGGCAUGACCAAACAAGAACUGAUGAGCUUUGGCGAAGGUGGUUCUGAGAGCGUAUUUGGAGUGCGUCGCCGGGACGACGAGACCCAGAGCUUCCUCGGGGACUUUUUCCGCCGAGCAUCCCAGCAGCCUGGAUUCCCCGAGAUUUAUGGGGCCUUGACUGUAGACGAACAGAUGAAGCUACAGAGCUUGAACUGA